CUGCAUGAAUAGCUCAGGAUCGCUCUCUGAUUUCUUUGAGGAUUUGUGUAGUUAGGCCUAUGCAUGUAUGCGCAUAUCAGAGACAAUUAAAUGUGCUAUGUUGGCGCCUCCUGUCGACAGUUAUGGGCCACUGCCGGUGCACAGAGCUGCAGAAAGAGAGGGGCAUUCUCAGAUUUCCCGAUUUCUCCCAGCCGAGUCCGCUGUGCCGCUUCCACAUCACGGCCGACAGCAAAGCAAGACGACGACGACAUGCGUCCGGCGUGUUUCAAACCCGCAUUGGUCUCGGUCGGCUUGUGCGGUCCCGGAUCCGUCUAGACUCUGGCAAGGUCAGGAGAUUCUGUCCUGAGGGAAUGGUGCAGCUGAGAUGACCUGUGUGACCUUAGUUUCCUCAAGAGAUCAUCCUCCAAUCAAAAGAGUGGCGCAAAAUCAAGCUGGGACAUGGUUGGCAGGUUUGCAUGAUGGACAGGUGAUGGAGUCUUCCAUCAUCUUUCUCCACCAGUGACUCGGCCUGCCAGCCCUCCCUCUGAGGUAUAAGUGUGUACCAGUGGUCCAAGGCCCCCCAUUUCUUUGCCAUGGUGACAUAAGCAGCACUGCAAAAUGAGGGAGAGCCAACGUGAGACCGUCUCAUUUCUUUCUCCAGUAGCUGCUGCAGCUGCUACCCUGAUGUCGUUUGUAUUUCACUUGAUAACAAGACUGACUUUGUUGUGAAUAGUCCAUACUUGAUAUUUUCUAACUGCACAGAGAGAGACUGUCCCCAAGGCGUGUUGCUGGGCCAGUGGGGCGGAGUGGUGUGGUCUGAGACGAUGCUGGGAUGUGUGACACGCCUCCGUCGGCUGGUCCGUCUCCUCCCCCUGCAGACCUCCCUCCUCCUCCUCUUCCUCUUUUGCACCAUCAGCGUCUUCAUCUCUGCCUACUUCCUCUAUGGCGUCAAGCGGGAGCUGGAGCCAUCAGGAGGGGCACUUCUGUCCGAGGGGGCAUCUGCUGACUCUGAUGACCAGAGGGUCACUCCAUCGCGGCUGCUACCUUUGCGGAGCGUCUCAGGGGGCCCCGGGGUGGAUCCCGGAGGAACCAGGACAGAUCCAGUGGUUCUGGUGUUUGUGGAAAGCCAGUAUUCGCAGCUGGGUCAGGAGAUUGUGGCCAUCUUGGAGUCUGGCCGGUUUCGGUACAGGACUGAGAUCUCUCCCGGUAAGGGAGACAUGCCCACACUGACGGACAAGGAGAGGGGGCGUUUCACACUGGUGAUUUAUGAGAACAUUCUCAAGUAUGUCAACUUGGAUGCCUGGAACAGAGAGCUGCUGGACAAAUACUGUGUGGAAUAUGGAGUGGGCAUCAUUGGCUUCUUCAAGGCCAAUGAAAACAGUCUGCUCAGUGCACAGCUGAAAGGCUUCCCCCUGUUUCUUCACUCCAAUUUGGGUCUGAAGGACUGCACAGUCAACCCCAAGUCCCCCCUUCUCUUUAUCACUCGAUCUGGGCAGCCCCUGCCAGGUCCGCUCCCUGGAGACGACUGGACCGUGUUCCAGUCCAACCACUCUACGUACGAACCCGUGUUGCUGGCUAAGACCCAGUCAGCUGAGAGUGUCGCCUCGAUGGGGCAGAACGCUGCCCUGCUCCCUUCAGUGGUGCAGGACCUCGGGCUUCAUGACGGUAUUCAGAGGGUCCUGUUUGGCAACAACCUGGUCUUCUGGCUGCACAAGCUGGUGUUUGUGGAUGCUGUGGCCUUUCUGACGGGAAAGAGACUCUCACUGUCCCUAGAGCGCUACUUGCUGGUGGAUAUAGAUGAUAUCUUUGUUGGCAAGGAGGGAACCCGCAUGAAGGUGCCUGAUGUAAAGGCCCUGUUAGAGACGCAGAGGGAGCUACGCACCCAUGUACCCAACUUCACAUUCAAUCUGGGCUUCUCAGGGAAAUUUUUCCAUGCAGGAUCUGAUGAAGAGGACCUGGGAGACGACCUGCUGCUUUCCUAUGUGAAGGAGUUCUGGUGGUUUCCUCAUAUGUGGAGUCACAUGCAGCCCCAUCUUUUCCACAACCAGUCUGUGUUGGCUGAGCAGAUGUUACUCAAUAAGAAAUUUGCUAUGGAGCAUGGGAUCCCCACUAACAUGGGCUAUGCGGUGGCACCCCAUCACUCUGGCGUCUACCCUGUCCACAUGCAGCUGUACGAUGCCUGGAAGAAGGUUUGGGGCAUAAAAGUGACCAGCACAGAAGAGUACCCACAUCUGAAGCCUGCCCGCUUCCGGCGAGGUUUCAUCCACAGUGGAAUUAGCGUGCUGCCGAGGCAGACGUGUGGUCUUUUCACACAUACAAUCUUCUAUAAGGACUACCCUGGAAGUCCUAAUGAACUGGACAAGCUCAUCAAUGGCGGGGAGCUCUUCCUCACAGUUCUGCUCAACCCUAUUAGUAUUUUCAUGACCCAUCUGUCCAACUAUGGGAACGACCGCCUUGGUCUGUACACCUUUAAAAGUCUGGUGAUGUUUGUCCAGACGUGGACGAACCUGAAAAUGCAGACCCUACCGCCAAUUCAGCUCGCUCAGAAAUAUUUUAGCCUGUUUCCUUCAGAGAGAGAUCCCCUCUGGCAGGAUCCUUGCGAGGACAAAAGGCACAAGGACAUCUGGUCUAAAGAGAAAACAUGUGACCGCUUCCCCAAACUGCUUGUCAUCGGGCCUCAAAAGACAGGUACAACAGCACUCUACCUGUUUCUGGGUAUGCAUCCUGACCUGACCAGUAACUAUCCCAGUAAGGAAACCUUUGAGGAGAUCCAGUUCUUUAAUGGGCACAACUACCACAGAGGCAUUGACUGGUAUAUGGAGUACUUCCCCCUUCCCUCCAACACCAGUUCAGACUACUACUUUGAGAAGAGUGCCAACUACUUCGACUCUGAGGUGGCUGCUCAGCGGGCUGCUGCUCUCCUGCCCAAAGCCAAGAUUAUCACGAUCCUCAUCAACCCAGCUGACAGAGCUUACUCUUGGUACCAGCACCAAAGAGCCCACGAUGACCCGGUGGCGUUAAAAUACUCCUUCCACGAGGUCAUCACAGCAGGCCACGACGCUCCAGUCAAACUGCGGGUCCUCCAGAACCGCUGUCUGGUGCCGGGAUGGUACGCGAUCCACAUGGAGCGCUGGCUCAACUACUACCACUCCAGCCAGCUGUUGGUAUUAGACGGACAAAUGCUGAAGACUGAACCCGCCUCAGUCAUGGACAAAAUCCAGAAAUUUCUAAGUCUGGCAAACAUCAUAAACUACCAUAAAAUCCUAGCGUUUGACCCUAAGAAAGGUUUCUGGUGUCAGCUGCUUGAGGGAGGGAAAACCAAGUGUUUGGGAAAGAGUAAAGGGCGGAGGUACCCUGACAUGGAUCCUGAGUCCCAGGGUUUCCUCAGGGAGUACUAUAGGGAUCACAACAUCGAGCUGUCAAAGCUCCUCUACAGGAUGGGCCAGCCUCUGCCCAGCUGGCUCCGAGAAGAGCUGGUCCACACCAGGUAGCAGCACGGCAGGGGAGAACACAACUCCACACACUGAACCACUGCUCCACCCUGCUGUGGGCGGGGGGGUGGGGGGACUGAAACGCCGAAGAUCCCAAGUAGUUUUGACCAUGAAAGAAAUGUAUCAAAUAGGAGAUCAGAGGAUGCGUCGCCCAAAUACAACUCCAAACAACUGUGAUCUUCCAUAACGAAUGGAUGUUGAGUAAAGAGAGCCUCAGUGAUGACUGCUGAGCAGCUGAAUGUGCUCUGCUUUCUCUCUCUCUCUCUUGGAGUCUCAAAAUGCCAUUACCCCCGACAAGGCAAACCAGGAGCACGGAUGCCUUAAUGAAGGCCUCCAGUACGUCCUGCCGCAGAGGAGGAAGAAGAAAAGCCCUGUGAUGUACAGGGGCAGCCUUCAGUGUUUGAUAAUCACCUGUUCUUUGUAGUCAAACCUUCUCUUCCUUACAUAAAGUAAAAACUGAAAAAUCGAAGGAAGGCAAAAGUCUGAAGUCUUUAACGUUGAAAAUGGGUGACAGAGGUGAACACUGAUGAACCCUCGCUUCCAACCAUGAGUUGUGGUGUUUGGCGCACAUAAAACCAGGCAAUGUAACAUUGACUGAAUGGAUGAGAGCCUCAUUGACAGAGACAUUGGUUGCAAAUGCCUUUGUGUGAGUGUUUGUAUGAGAGGAGAAUGGGACAUCUGGAGUCUUGACUCAGGCUGCAUGUUGUAGCCUUAUUUGAUAGGCCUUGGUAGAAUCUAGUUAUCACAUUUACAAGUGCCAGGACAGAAUCUUCAUUAAAAUAUUACCACAUGGACUUUUUAAGGUUUUGUUUUUGUUUUUUUUUUAAAGAUAUAUGUUAUGUUAUAUUUUGUUUUGUUUUUCCCCCUUAGCCCGGAGAUUGUUUUAACAUUUCUUUAAUGCUGAUGGCAGUGCAUUGUUGUAGAAUGUACCAAACUUAAACUUUUUUUUUUUUUAAUUUCCAUUUCAGUCUUUCAUGCAGGCCAGAUGUACAGUAGAUGAGGUUGUUCAGCUCAGCCUCCUCUUAAGUUCAUGACCACUGAGUUGACUAAAGCAGGAAUGGUGGGAUACAUGUCGAAAGCACAAUAUUUAAAGUACUCACGUGAACAUCCAUUGUGGACGUACAGGUUACUGGAAAGCACACUAACAUAAAGGAUCCUACUACAAUCUGUGAAGAAGAGCAUAAGCUAGCUACUGUAUGUUAACUACGCACUCUGGUCCAAGAGAUUCACAUAGUGUACAGAACAAGAUUGUGCAUUUCAGAUCGGUUUUCCGCAUUGGGUUUUUUGUCUGAACUGUAUAUGUUGUCUUUUUUUGUUUUAUUUGGUAGAUGAGUCGAAGUUUGGGAAGAAAAAACAAAACGUCUCUGGGAAAAGCGUGUAAAGUUGCCCGGCUGACCAACAGUACACCCAGUGAGACUAUACAGACAUUUGGUUGUCGGUUAAGGUGUUACUACUGCAACUAGAUGUCAAGCAUAGAUAACGAAAAGCUGCUCUUAUUGCAAUAGUUUUGUACAAUGUUCUGAUGUAAUAACAAUGCACAUGUCGGUCCUUUAUUUCCUGACUUUGUAAUGUACAUAAACGCAACACUCGGUAGACCUAAAUUAUUGAAUGUGUUUGGGUUUACUCUCUCCAUCAGCCCAUUCCCGUAGUGUGAAAUGUCAGUGCUGUACUCGGGGGAGUUUGGAGUCUGUCAUCGUACAGAGGUGUGUCGAUAAGAUUGUCUCCUCAUGUCCUCUCACUGCCAACUAUUGUACAGAGGUACUGAGUCGCUCCAUUUAAAGUAUUAAGUGAUAACACAUAACAGCAACGAUGGUACUAAUCUCCUGGACUGUAUGAUAAAGAUUUGUAAUUGUUGUCAAUAAUUUUUACAGUGUAACUAAUAUUGUCGGUGCUUUUUAAUUUGCAAAUAAAACACCACUGUAUUUUUCAGUAAA